AUGACAAGAAGAAUCCGUGAGGGGACUCGCUCUCGAAGUCAAAUUCAGGAGGGCUCCCAGACCUUUGGUCCUCUGCCCCUCUUGAACUAUUUCCCUUCAAAUUGGAUUUGCGAUGGGGUUUUUCGGCAAUGUCUUCUUGAGCGUGGUCUUAGUGGCUGGUGGCCGUUCACUCUGGCGGAUUCACGCGAAGCCCUGAGUCCCUCGAAAGUGGUACAAGCUUUCUACACUUGUCCCGUUUUUCAAAACCUAGAGCGGCAUGUUCUCAAAGGGCUCGUUGGAGGUGGUGAUCCGCAAUUUGAUGGACGUCCCUUGAAAUGUGGAACCACGUACUACAAACUCUGGACUAUCACACAAAUAACUGAUGAACAGAUCCUUCUGAAGUGGAAAUAUGGAGCGUUCAGUGGAUAUACGUGGUUUUGCGUUCCAAAGCAUGAAAAUGUCAUCGUUAUGGGGAGUGCGUUCACCCUCCCAUUUGCUCUCGACCAACCUGUAACCUCGGUCCAAGCCUCUGGGGCGUUGCUGAGACAAGCCUUGAGCACAUUGAGGCGAUCCGAAGUGCCUCUAUCUGAUCGACUUAAGCAGAGUUUGUCUCAAAUAGUGAUAGCUUCUGCUUUACCGAUCCACCAAAACUAUUCUCGGUAUUUGUUGGUGUCUACCUUGAAACGCCUUCAACAGCUGUAACUCAGAGGAGCAGUAAUGCAGGGUCAUCUGAUUGUUUGGAAAGAGCUCCAAAACUUAGUUUUUGACCCAGACUGGGCCAAUUUUGACAUUCAUUGCCAGGAUGGUGUUUUACAAAUUCCAACGUUGAUUUUCCAACUUUUAGUGACACUCAGUGACUUUGGUUUGGAAGAGUUGAUAGGGAGUGACAUAGAAACACGUUGCUUAUUCUUGCCUGAUGUGAGUGCGGGAUCGCUUUUGAGCGCACUUCGGCUCAUGUUUCAGUGUCAGGAUUCUAAUGUCCUUGUUGCCGAAUCACAUGCUAGUGCUCUCUUUUGGCUUUCAUGGCCCAAGACUCAAUCCCAUUUGGUGCAACCACAUUAUUGGAUUACUGAAAUAAUAAAUGAUUUGGUGAUGGAGAUGCUUCCAGUUGGCGAGAAAAACAUUAAGACGGUUCUAGGUUUGAACUUGCGGGUGGACAAAAAGCAAAGAGAAACCCAAGAAUGCAACAUUUGCGGCAAAACUUUGUACGACAAGCACAGCUUAAAAAAACAUGUGGAUGCGGUGCACUUCAACAUUAAACGAUUCCAAUGCCA